AUGGAGCAAGCCUCGCGAACCGUGACACAGGAGAGUCGGGUUGAAUCCCGAUCUGUGGUCCAGCAGAGGACCAUGCAGUACGCGCAAACCGUACAGCAGCAGCAAACGAUUACAUCUGCCACCGGUAGUCGAUCUAUGCCGAUGGUCACUGGCGGUGGAAGCACGACCUUCCAACAGAUCCAAGAUGUUUCGUAUCAGCAAGUGCAGCAACCGGCCAUGGUUCAAUCGCCGGUGGGGCGUAUACCGAACGCGUCCCCACCGGUGUUUGAGCAGAUCUUCAAAAACGCCCGCUUCGCUCAAGGAGGCAAUGCCUUGUUCGAAGGGAAAGUCAAAGGGAACCCGAGACCGAAUGUAUCUUGGACGAGAAAAGGCGCUCCUCUGAUGCCGUCGAAUAAAUACCAGAUGAAGUACGAUGAGCAGACAGGAAAAGUCUCGCUUCUCAUCUCGAUUAUUGGGCCCGGAGACGAAGGAGAGUACACGUGCAAAGCAACCAAUCAAUAUGGCGAGGCCGUUUGCACCGUCUAUAUCCAGCCAGAAGCCCAAUAUCGACAAUGGCUCCAGAAACAGGAAACGACAAUUCAACAUGGGCAACAGGAGAGGAAAGUCUCAGAAUCAUAUAUGCAGUCGCAGUACGAAAAGUCCUACCAAACGACUGGAGCGGUGGGCGCGCAAUACUCCAAACAAGAUACACGUUAUGCGAAUGGGGUGCAGGAGGACUUUCGGGUCGAUACGUUCGAGUACCGUUUACUGCGAGAUGCGGAAUUCCGAGAGGCGAAAACGAAGCGACUUGCGAACGAAACAGAGACGGAGACGGAGGUGGAGACAGAGAGCGAGCCAGUGACUCCUGGCCCUUUAUCCCCACCUCAGUUGGCACAGAAACCUCGCAGCUCUAAAGUGCUUGAGGGCUCUGAUGCUACAUUCCAGGCAAAGGUCACUGGUAACCCCAGACCCAAGGUGACUUGGUUUAAGAACGGAAUCCGUAUUCGUCCUUCUCAACGAUACAAAAUGGCUGUGGGCAACCAAAUUGCAACAUUGAACAUCCGGAUGGCCAUGCCAGAAGACAGUGGUCAAUACACAAUGCUUGCUGAAAAUGCUGCUGGACGAGUGGUGAGCUCGGCGUGCUUGGCUGUUGAAGCAGUUGGAAGCCAAGAUGAAAUGCAAUUCAAGAGUGUCCGAUCCCCUGGCACUGUUGAUGGAGUUUCCAGGCCCUGGGAGCCAGUAGGGGUGGUGAGGCCUGUGAUUUCUGCAGAACCACAACCUGUGAAUGAGUCAGAUGUUUCCAAGAGUCUGGCACCAAAUUUUGUUCGUGUCUGUGGGGACCAAGAGGUCCAGGAAGGGAAGUUAGUCCGCUUUGACGUCCGCAUCUCUGGACGCCCCUAUCCUGAUGUCGCUUGGUACCUGAAUGGCCGUCAGGUCACAGACGAUGCCACGCACAAGAUCCUGGUCAAUGAAUCUGGGGGUCAUUCCCUCAUGAUCACAUGUGCCUCUAGAAAUGACGGUGGUCGGUAUACCUGUGUUGCUCGAAACAAAAGUGGGGAAAUCAAAUAUGAUUUUUCGCUAUCGGUUAUUGAGAAAGAAGUGGUGGUGGCCCCGAAAUUUGUUGAGAGAUUUUCUACUACAAAUGUCAGAGAAGGAGAGUCCAUUAUUCUUCAAUGUCGGGCUAUUGGAACUCCUGUCCCAAAGUUAUCAUGGCAAAAGGAUGGUGUUGUCAUUCAGACUUCACCAGGCUGUAUCAUUCAUACAGAAGGGGGAUCCUCAACCUUGGAGAUCUCCAGUGCCCAGGAAAAAGAUUCAGCUUGGUAUCAAUGCAUGGCCACAAACACAGCUGGUUCAGCUGCAACCAGGGCUAGGGUUUCUGUUGAGGUUCAGAAACCUGCCUCUUCUGCUCCCUGGAGACUGCAACUCCCCAAGCCACAAAAAGUGAUAGAACCAGAACCAGAACUAGAGCCGGAGGUCAUCUACCUGCGCCAUGUGGAACGCACUAGACCUCAUGCUGCUCGAUCUGAGGAUGAGGUGAAACCAACACAGCCACCUCAAUUCACUCUAGAGCUUCGGGAUGCCACUGGAUUGGUUGAAGGACAAAGAGCCGAUUUCCAGGGCAAAGUCAUCCCCAUUGGGGACCCCACUAUGACCCUUGAAUGGUUUUUCAAUGGCAAACCCAUUGAAGCAAGCUCUCGUGUAACAUCAACCUAUCGCUUUGGAUUCAUCACUCUUACUAUAUUGACUGUGAGUCAACACGAUGUCGGUGUAUACACAUGCCGAGCAACUAAUGCCUUGGGGGUGGCAGAAUCCAGUGCUAAGCUUGAGUGUUCAUCACGAUCAACGAUUGAGAGCAUCAGCCAGCAUCCUGAAAGUCUGGAACAAAUUCAACGUCUUGAGGAUUACUCUCGAUACCAGAGAACUGAGAGCGUGGAAGAAAGCAGUUCUCAGAAGCCAGUCUUCAUUGAACCCUUGCGGGACUUAGGAGAUUUCCUUGAAGGGUCCUAUGCUCAUUUUGAAGCCCAACUGAAGCCUCUGAGUGACCCAUAUAUGCGUGUUGAAUGGUAUCACAAUGGAAAACCACUGACUGCAAGUUCACGGACAAGCACAAUCUUCAAUUUUGGCUAUGUGGCUCUCAAUAUCAUGCAUUUGCGUCCUGAAGACACUGGGACUUACACAGUGCGUGCUUUCAACAGACUGGGAGAAGCCAUCAGCGAGGCAGUCCUAAGUGUUGUUGGCAAAGGAGGUGUUGUUAGUGAAUUAGGCAUCCCUGAACAGCAGAGAUAUAUAGAGAAAAUUGAGCAACUUGAAGGAUAUAAACAUGCUGCCUAUCGUCCACGUCAGGAUGAGGAGCAAGUAGAGUCUCCUCCUCAACCUGAAUUCAAGGUGCCCCUUCGUGAUCAAAUUGGUGUUGCUGAGAAUGGUGUGGCUCAUUUUGAGUCACGCCUAGAGCCAAUUGGUGACUCAACCCUCAGAGUUGAAUGGUAUAAAGAUGGACAAUCUCUUGAAGCCAGUUCUCGAAUGACGACUUUCUUCAAUUUUGGGUUUGUGGCACUCACCAUCAAAGCUGUUUCAAUCUAUGAUGUUGGGACGUACACAUGCAGAGCUGUGAAUGCAUCUGGUGAAGCUAUCACAGCUGCACAGCUUACUGUCAAGAGCAAGAGUGAUAUUGUUCAAGACUCUCAACAUCCUGGAGGUCUUCAACAGAUUCAACAUCUUGAGGAUGCCAGCCGAUAUGGAAGGAAAGUGAUGGAGGAGACCUUCAUUCAGCAGAUCCCUCCCAAGUUUCUUGGUCCUCUCAAAGGGACAAACAAGAUCAAGGAAGGACAGAAUGCCCAUUUUGAGACAAGACUAGAACCUCAGAAUGAUCCCAAGAUGAUUGUUGAAUGGUACUUCAAUGGGAAGCCACUGAUGCAGGCCAAUCGUAUUCAGACAUAUCAUGACUUUGGCUAUGUUGCCAUUGACAUCCUAUCUGUGAGGCCUGAAGAUUCUGGGACCUACACAGUAGUGGCAAAGAAUACUUUGGGCGAAGCCACUCUUAGUGCUCAUAUGGAGGUUGAGACUCGCACAGCCAUCGACACAACCAGCAUGCACAGGGUCGGAUAUGACAAAGCAAAGCAGGCUCAACAGAAGCAAUUCCAGGAACCUCAUUAUGACAUUGAAGAAAUUUCAAAAUCCAAGCCUGUGUUUAUUCAGCCCUUGCAUGACCAUCCACCUGUGAAAGAAGGAGGGAAUUUUCAUCUAGAAUGUAGAUUAGAGCCAAUGGGUGACCCCACAAUGAGAGUGGAGUGGUUUUCCAAUGGAAGACCCAUCACUGUUGGCUCUCGAUUCAAAACAUACUUUGACUUUGGAUAUGUUGCACUGGAUGUUUCUGGGGCAACGGAACAAGACACGGGAGAGUAUACAGUCCGGGCAACUAACCACCUUGGUUCUGCUCAUACAUCUUCUAUGAUCAGAAUUGUAUCAGAGAAGGACAUUAUCUCUGAAACACAAAAUGAAGCAGCUCUGGAGCAGAUUUAUUUUUUAGAGGAAGGCCGCCCUGUGGCUCCACAGAUGGAGGAAGUGGUGCCACAAGGGCCACCAACAUACACAAGACCUUUGAAAAACAUUGAAGCUAUUGAAGGCAAUAACAUCCAUCUUGAAUGCCGACUGCAUCCUGUUGGAGAUUCAAGCAUGAAGGUUGAAUGGUUUGUCAAUGGAAAGCCAGUCCGUGUUGGUCAUCGAUUCCGUCCUUCUUAUGACUUUGACUAUGUGGCUCUGGAUCUACUCAGUGUAUAUCCAGAAGAUUCUGGAGUCUAUACCUGCCGUGCUAUAAAUUCAUUUGGAGAAGCUGUCACAUCUGCAUCUGUUAAAGUCAUUGCCAAGAAACAUAUGAUCCUGGAGAGUCAGCAUCCAGAGAGUUUGCAGCAAAUUCAGCAUCUGGAAGAUGCUUCUCGCUACCAGAGAAGGGAAUGGAUUGAAGAAGUUGUCAAGAUCCAGCCCAAAUUUCUUUCUAAAAUGAAGGAUCAUUUAAACAUGAGGGAAGGACAGCAAACUCACUUUGAGUGUAGACUUGAACCCGUUGCAGAUUCUGACCUCAAAGUGGAAUGGUUCAAGAAUGGCAAACCCCUGCAAGUUGGAUCUCGUUUUCAUCCAAUUCAUGACUUUGGCUAUGUGGCCCUUGACAUUGCUGACUUAAUUGCUGAAGACUCUGGGCUUUAUACAUGCCGAGCCACCAAUUUAGCUGGUGUUGAUGAGUCUUCAGCUCAGCUCAUUGUAAAGGGUAGUAGACAGGUUGUAACAGACACUGCACACCAAGAAGGGUUAGAGCAGAUCCAAUACUUGGAAGACAGAGAGAAAUACCAGAGAGCAGAGCAUGAGGAAGAAGUCACAACACAACCACCAGUGUUCACAUCCUCACUCAAGAACAUUUCUAUCAAGGAAGGGCAGAGGGCCCACUUUGAAUGCAGACUCAUCCCAGUGUCUGAUUCCACCAUGAAAGUCCAGUGGUUCCACAAUGGGACUCCGGUGAAGUCAGGGUCUCGCUUCACAGAAAGCAACAACUUUGGUUUUGUGGCACUUGAUAUCAUGUAUGCUUACCCAGAGGAUUGUGGUACCUACACUUGCAAAGCCACCAAUGCCCUUGGAGAAGCCAUCACUUCUUGCUCAUUAUCUGUCCAAGGAAAGAGAGCCAUCUACACUGACACUGUGCAUGAGGGAGCAAUGCAACAAAUCAGGCACUUAGAGGAUGCCAACAGGUACAUACCACCUCCUCCAGAUGAAUUUGUCACCCAACCUCCUGUGUUUACUCAACCACUCCACAACCUGGAAUUGAAUGAGAACCAGAGUGCUCACUUUGAAUGCCGCCUUAUCCCAGUGGGAGAUUCUAAUCUCAAGGUUGAAUGGUUCAAAAAUGGCAUUCCCAUUCAACAAGGAUCCAGAGUAAAAACCCUACAUGAUUUCGGAUUUGUGGCAUUGGAUCUUGCCCAUGUGUACCCUGAAGACUCAGGCACAUACACUUGCAAAGCCACCAAUGAACUUGGGACUGCAACAACAUCUGCUACUUUGGUUGCACAUUCUAAAGCAUCCUUGUUGUUGGAGAGUCAGAAUGAGGCUGCAUUGGAGAAGCUUCGUCAGCUAGAGGAUGCCCAUAAGUACCAACGCACAGAGGAAGCUGAAGUUGAAGUGAAAUCUGCUCCCAUAUUUGUUGCUCCUUUGCAAGGACUAUGUGAUCGCAUUGAAGGGCAGAGUGCUCACUUUGAAUGCCGAAUAGAGCCCUACCCAGAUGAUUCCAUGAAGAUUGAAUGGUUUUGCAAUGGGAAACCUCUCUCUACAGGACACAGAUUCCGCACUAUGUAUGACUUUGGCUUUGCUGCAUUGGACAUCCUUGAUGUAUACCCAGAGGACUCUGGAGAAUAUACUAUCAAGGCAACCAACAAACGGGGGACUGCUUCUUCAUCAAUAAAGUUGAAUGUGAAUCCUCGAAGCAACCUAAUACUAGAUUCAGCUCACCCAGAUGCAGUACCCAAGCUGAAGGCAUUGGAGCACAAGGGUGCUUAUGUACCACCUGAGGAGCCAAUUGGUCCCUUUGAAAAGCCUCAGUUCCCAAGGCCCCUUCGGGCUCAGGAAAACAUUGCCGAGGCUCAGCCUGUUCAUCUUGAGGCUACUCUCACUCCUGUGAAUGAUGCUACUAUGAAAGUGGAAUGGUUCUACAAUGGUCGCCCAAUCCCUCAAGGUCAUCGCUUCCGGACACAACAUGACUUUGGAUUUGUUGCUCUGGACAUUCUCUAUGCAUAUCCUGAGGAUUCAGGGACUUACAUGUGCAAAGCCACCAAUGCUUUGGGAGAAGCCAUUACAACAUGCUCUGUUGGUGUCCAAGGGAAGAAGAGCCUCUAUCUGGAGACCUUAGAUGCAGAUAGAUUGAAAAAAAUCCAGGAACUGGAAGCAUAUGAACAACCCAAGAAAGAGGAAGAGGCACUCAUAUUAAGGAGACCAGAAUUCAUUACUCCUCUGAACAGGCAACUGAAAGCUGGUCAUAGAUUCAGAACUACUCAUGACUUCGGCUAUGUGGCCCUUGAUAUCCUUCAUUCCUAUCCUGAAGACUCUGGCACCUACAUGUGCAAGGCCACCAAUCAAAUGGGAGAAGCUGUCAACACCUGCACCAUCAAUGUUACUGGUCGGCGAAGCAUUUACAUGGAUAGCCAGCACCCUGAAGGAUGGGAAAAAAUCAGGGAAAUGGAAAGUAUGGUCCAUCCUGCUCUGGCAGCAAUAGAAGAAGCUCCCAUCACUGCCCCUCACUUCAUCACCCAGUUGCAGGGCAUCAGCCAGUUAAAGGAAGCCCAGCAUGCUCACUUUGAGUGCAGGCUGGAACCCACCAAUGACCCAAAACUCAGACUGGAGGUUUAUCACAAUGGGAAGCUGCUUCCAACUGGGUCAAGAUAUCACAUCACUUGUGAUUUUGGAUAUGUGGCUCUCGAUAUUAUGCACAUGUAUCCUGAGGAUGCUGGUGAAUAUGUUAUUAGAGCAGUCAAUGAUCUUGGAGAAGAUAAGACCUCUAUCACCCUCAGAAUUGAAGGGAAGAGUGGAAUCAUCUCAGAUAGCCAGCAUCCUGAAGGAUUGGAUAAGAUCCGGGAAUUGGAAGCCAUUGACAAGACAUACAGACCUCCUCAAGAGGAAGUGAAGACUUUCCAGAGGCCUAUGUUCACUUCACCUCUCCAGAGCAUAGACAAUGUUAAUGAAGGAAUGCCAGCUCAUCUUGAAUGUCGACUUAUUCCUGUUGGAGAUCCCACACUCAAGGUGGAAUGGUUCCGCAAUGAAAAACCAAUUGAAACUAGCUCCAGGAUUCAGAAGACUCAUGACUUUGGACAUGUGGCCUUGGACAUCUCAUACCUGCGUCCUGAGGAUGAAGGUGUCUACAUGUGCAGGGCCUCUAAUGACCUAGGGGAAGCAGUCACAACAGCCUCUAUCAAAAUCAGAUCAAAAGCAAGCAUCCAGUUGGAUACUCAGCAUCCUGAGGGCUUGGCAAAGAUCAGGGAAAUGGAGGAAAAGGUUGUCCUUUCCCCUCCAGAAAAAGAAGAGGUGUUUGAAAAGCCAGUAUUUGUGACCCCCUUAAAAGGACCAGCAGAAUUGGUUGAGGGACAGCAUGCUCACUUUGAAGCCAGAGUUGUCCCUGUUGGAGAUCCAAACCUCCGACUGGAGUGGUAUGUCAACGGUGUCCAGCUGGCUACUGGGUCUCGAUUCAGAACCACACAUGAUUUUGGUUUUGUGACCCUUGAUAUCAACUCUGUGAUCCCUGAGGAUGCUGGAGUAUACAUGUGCAAAGCCAUCAACAAGGCUGGAGAGGCCAUCACUUCCACUUCAAUUAAAAUCAUUGCUCGCUCCUCAAUCCUGGGAACUGCUCUGCAUCCAAAAGGCUGGGAGAAAAUCCAGCUGCAAGAAGCUGAGAUGAACAAAGUACCAGAGCCAUACAUUGAGGAGGCUCCACAACAGCCACCAACUUUUGUUAAACAUCUGGAGAGCUUAGACAACCUCCAUGAAGGCCAGAAUGUUCAUUUGGAUGCUCUUGUUGAACCCAAGACUGAUCCGAACCUCAGGAUAGAGUGGUUCAAAAAUGGAGUAUCUCUUAACAUAGGAACACGCAUAAGAACAACUCUUGAUUUUGGAGUAGUCACAAUGGAUAUUAUGGGAGUCCGUCCUGAUGAUUCUGGGAUUUACACAUGCAAAGCCACCAAUAAGCUUGGUGAAGCAGUGUCUACAUGCACACUAAAAGUUGAAGGCCAUGGUUGGCUGGUAGGAGAUACAAUGCAUCCAGAGGCAAUGAAAUUCAUUUCGCAACUUGAACAUCCUCCUGAGGUAACAAUGAAAGGUCCUGCUGAGCCAGUUUUUGAGAGUCCUGUGUUCAUCACUCAUCUAAACAACCAAGAAGUUCGAGAAGGAGAAGCUGCUCACUUUGAGUGCAAGGUUGAACCUCAUAAGGAUCCAACCCUUAGAGUUGAGUUUUUUGUGAAUGGGAAACCCAUACCUGUGGCUUCCCGAUUCAUGUGCAAGAAUGACUUUGGCUUUGUCUCGCUGGAUGUUCAACACUGCUGGGGAGAUGACUCAGGCAUAUAUAUGUGCAAAGCCACAAACAGCAAGGGUCAGGCUAUGACUUCUGGUUCACUGCGUGUCAUAAGCAAAGCAGAUAUCUACUUUGAUACUCAACAUCCGAUGGGUCAGUCUGGUUUGGAGAAAAUCCAAGAGGUUGAUGCUGGAUACAUGGCAAAGGCUUUUCGUCCCCCUGAAGCUGAGGAAGCUCCCUAUCCUAAACCUGUCUUUAUUGUUCCUCUAAAUCCUCAUUUUGUAUUAGAGGAAAGUCAACCAUUGCACAUGGAAUGCCAAGUAGAGCCCAAGGAUGAUCCCAAGCUAACAAUUGAAUGGUUUUUCAAUGGGAAAACUCUUGAGCAUGCUUCUCGGUUUGCCAUGAGGAAUGACUUUGGAUUGGUGACACUGGACUUAACUGACUCUUACCAGAGAGACUCUGGAAUCUACACCUGUCGAGCCAAAAAUCAAGCUGGAGAAGCUUUCACUUCGAGCACAAUCGUUGUAGCAGCUAAAGGCAGUCUGAUAGAAGAUACUCAGCAUCCAAAAGGUAAGGAAGGCUUGGAACACAUUCAAAGCCUUGAAGAAUCUUUGAAGAGAGUUGAAAUGGAGAUCAUGCCUGAAGAAGCAGGACACCCACCUCAAUUCACUUCCCAGUUUGAAAACCUUACCAAUCUCAGUGAAGGGGAAAUAGCUCACUUUGAAGCAUCACUGACGCCUGCCAGUGACCAAAGCAUGGUUGUGGAGUGGUUCUUCAAUGGGGAGCCUAUCAAAGCUGGUCACAGAAUCCGCACAGUCCAUGCAUUUGGUAUGGUUGUUCUUGAGAUCCUUGGGACAUAUGUGAGUGACACUGGUACAUAUACUUGUAGAGCAGUCAACAAAUGGGGAAAGGCUGAAAUCAGUGUGAAGCUUGAGUGUGUUGAUAGAACUCAAGGACAGAAACCACACUUCACCACUCACAUUCAGGAUGUCAUUGGGUUGAAGGAUGGGGACUCAGCUCAUUAUGAAUGCAAUCUUGUUCCGGUUGGUGAUCCAAACAUGAAAGUUGAAUGGUUCCACAAUGGGCAACCCAUUCGUCAUUCCUCUCGUAUGAAGAGUGUGGCUGAUUUUGGGUUUGUUGUCCUGGACAUUGCCUAUGUCCAGAGUCAUGAUUCAGGGGAGUACAUGUGUAAGGCAACAAACAAAUUUGGUGAGGAUGUCACGAAAGCAACCCUCCAGUGUCUUGGAAAGGGUGGUGUGUAUGGAGAAAGCCUUCAACCAGAUUCAUUGGAGAAGAUUCGGAAGUUGGAACAGAUGGCUCCUGCUACCAAACCUUCAGUCACUGAAGCCAUGGAACCUCCAAAAUUUGUUACCCACCUUUCAGAUAUUACCAGAUUGAUUGAAGGUCAAAGUGCACACUUUGAGGGACGUCUCACUCCAGUGAAUGACCCUAAUCUUGUGGUGGAAUGGUAUCACAACGGAAAGAAGCUAAGGACUGGACAUCGAUUCAGGACUUUCCAUGACUUUGGCAUAGUGAUCCUGGAUAUUCUUUACUGCUAUGAAGAGGAUUCUGGAGAAUAUCAAUGCAAGGCAGUGAACAAACUGGGUCAAGAUGUCUCAAAAGCCUUUAUGAGAUGCGUAUCAAAGGCUAAUUUGAUCCUGGAACCUCAAGUGCCAAAGGAAAUGGAAGGAGGACUUGACAAAAUCCAGUCUCUAGAAGAAUCAAUGAGGAGCUAUAGACGAGAGAAGGUGGAAGAGGCAUACAAGGGAACAGCACCAGUUUUCACAGUUCCCCUGGAGAAUGCUGACCUUCGAGAAGGAGAAAGUCUUCACUUUGAAGCACGGUUGACUCCAACAGAUGAUGCCAAGCUCAAGGUUGAAUGGUACAAAGAUGAUAAAGCGCUGAAGGCAAGCUCUCGAAUCAGGACCUUUUGUGAUUUUGGCUUUGUGAUCUUGGAGAUGUCUCCAACAUACCCAGAGGACACUGGAGUUUACUCUUGCCGUGCUUCAAAUGAUUAUGGAGAGGCAGUGACAAGUGGAAAGCUUGUAUGCGAAGGAAAGCGCAGCAUUAUUUUGGAGUCCCAGUUGCCAAAAACCAUGCAGAAAGGUAUGGAAAAAAUAGCAGAACUGGAAGGCCUGGGAAGGGAGCCACUGCCAAUAUCUCCAGAAGCAGAGGGACAACCUCCUGUGUUUGUUACAACACCUGGGGACCUCUCACUGAAUGAGAAUUCUCUUGCUCAUUUUGAGUGCCAGCUGCAGCCUAUCAAUGAUGCCUCCAUGAAGGUGGAAUGGUUCCACAAUGGAAAACCAUUGUCACAAGGCUCCAGAAUCAAGACCAUCAGUGACUUUGGAUAUGUCAUCCUUGAAAUCUCUGGUAUUUACCAAAGAGAUUCUGUUUUUCAUAUCAAACUGAUUUUCUCACAGGCCACAAACCAUCAUGGAGAGGCAACUGUAUCAUGUCAGUUGAUAGUGAAAGGAAGACAGGGGAUCAUUAUGGAACCACAGCUUCCUAAGAAUUUCAUUGGAGGAAAUGAGAGUAUCCAAAAAUUGGAAGAGUCCUUGUAUAAGAGAGAGGAGAAGGUUGUUGAUGAAGAGACUCCAAAUCCUCCUCGUUUCAUCACAGAAAUACAAGAUUUGCCAGAUCUCCAAGAGGGAGCUCCAGCCCAUUUUGAUUGCAGAGUUGAGCCAGUUGGAGACUCAUCAAUGCGUAUUGACUGGUUUCAUAAUGGACAUCCAAUCGAUGCUGGAUCUCGAAUUCAUGUUAUUGAUGAUUUUGGAUUUGUGGUUCUUGAUAUUGACUGGACAUUCCCACGAGAUUCAGGAGAGUAUAUCUGCCGUGCUACCAAUAAAUGGGGAUCAGCCACAACAAAGGCCAUUCUAACAUGCAAAGGGAAAAGAGAUAUUGUUUACGAGAGUCAGCUUCCCUCGGGCAUGUCUGCUGAGAAAUUGAAAUUGCUGGAAGAGCCAGCUCCCACCCAGCCUGUUGCAGAAGAGGAGCCACAUGGCCCACCAAAAUUUGUAAAACAUAUCUCACCCCUAGAAACAGGGGAAGGUGAAAGGGCCUUCUUUGAAUGUCAAGUUGAGCCCAAGAAUGAUCCAAAACUUAGAGUGGAAUGGUACCACAAUGGGAAACUUCUGAAGGCAGGACACAGAUUUCGCACAGUCUAUGACUUUGGUUAUAUCUGUUUGGAAAUCCUCUACACUUAUUCGGAAGAUUCUGGGGAAUAUGUGUGUAGAGCUGUGAAUGACUAUGGAGAAGACUUUACCAAGGCCACUUUUAUGUGCAAAGCUUCUCCAAGUAUCAUUAUGCAGAACCAGCUGCCCAAGGGGAUGAAGAAGUCAGAGUACCUCAUUCAGAUGGAAGCUGCUUUAAAGAAAUACACAGAUCAGAUCAUGCUUACAGAGGAUGACAUAUAUGAUUCUGAUAAAAAGCAACCUCCAAGGUUUGUAACUCAAAUUGAAAGCAAGGAAGAUCUUGUAGAGUUUGAUGUCACAAAGUUUGAAUGCCAGCUUGCUCCAGUGGGUGACCCAAACAUGAAAGUUGAAUGGUUCUUGAAUGGCAAGCCACUUCCGUACAAGAAUCGUUUCACACCCAUCUAUGAUUUUGGUUAUGUUGCUCUGCAUUUUGGCUGGGUCUAUCCAGAAGACUCAGGUGAAUAUCUUUGCAGAGCAACAAACUUAUAUGGAAUGGAUGAGACCAAAGCAGUGAUAAAAACAGCUGGAAAGCCUGGGAUUAUUUAUGAGUCUCAGUUGCCCAAGGGUAUGCAAAGUGUCAAGAAGAUUCAGGAAAUGGAAGCUGCAUGGCAAAGAGCACCAGAGGAAACAGAAGAACCAGCAAGGACAAAAGAGGCCCCACAAUUUGUCUUGAAGCCAGAACCUUGCAAUGUCAUAGAAGGAAGCUGGGCUCACUUCAACUGCAGGGUCACUGGCUAUCCUAGACCCAGAGUCAUGUGGUUGAUCAAUGGACAUACUGUCAUGAAUGGCUCCAGAUACAAACUUACCUAUGAUGGCAUGUGGAGGCUGGACAUACCCAAGACCCGUCAAUAUGACCAUGGCACUGUUCAAGUGAUUGCAAAGAAUGCCUUAGGUGAAGCUGUUGCUUCUACUCAGCUGGAUGUCACUCCCCGUAAGGAUGACUACCGGGCAGUCUUGAAAAAUUCCCCAAAACCAUGGUAUGACUAUGACCUCAAGGGCUACCAAGAAGAAAGAAUGGAUUCAGAGCUGGACAGGGUGUUUGAAGAACGAGUCAACACCAACCUCUCUGUGGUCCAUCAUGCUGAAAAAGACUCAGGAGAACAUUUGAUGACAAAGGUUGUUAAGGAGCCAGAAACAGAGUGGCAAAAGGAGAUCAAACGUAGGAAAGCUGGAGCACUGUACAACAGCUACAAGGAGCUUGAAGAGGAUCAAAUUUCCAAGGAAUUUCGGAUGAAGGAACAGAGUGCAAAGGAGCAACAGUUUGCCAUUCCCAGUCAGCAGAGAUCCCUUGCGUUGGGGCUGGCCACAAGUUAUGAAGCUAGACUUGAAAGACAGACAUCUGCUGAAUCCACUAAAAAGACCACUGCUGAAUCCACUAAAAUUUCCUCUGCUGAUGAGUCCACUAAAAUGACCUCUGAUGCUCAGUCCACUUCAAUCACUUCAACUACUGUGGCUGGAAGAACCAGGGCAGAGCAACAGGCCCAAUUCUCAAAAGUACCACCUCAACCCUCUGAAUCAACUGUUCAUGGAAAAGAAGUUUACACUGCCACUCAGAAGCAAAUUCAGAAGGAGACGAAGGCUGAUAAGGAAAUCACUCGCAAAAUAACAGCUACUGAGACAACUGAAAUGGAGCACAAAGCCAAGACCCAAGAAAGAUAUGUACCAAGUAAUAUGAAACCAGCUAAACCUCCUAUGUUCAAGAAGAAGAUUCAGCCAUGCCGUGUAUUUGAGGGAGAGCAAGCUCGGUUUGAAGUGGAGUUUGAUGGGGAUCCCCUUCCCCAGAUCCGCUGGUUCCGGGAGGAAUUUCCCAUUCAGAGUUCUCCUGACUUUCAGAUCCAUACCUUUGGUACAAAGAGCAUCCUGGUGAUACGAGAGGUGUUUGUGGAGGAUUCAGGGAUAUUUGCUGCCAUUGCUGAGAACAGGGGAGGGACUGCUAAGUGCUCUGCCAAUUUGAUAGUGGAAGAAAAGAAAGUUCGAAAAGGACUGGCCCCUCCUUCCUUCACUUCAACAGUACAGGAUAUGACAGUUGAAGCUGGACAGCUAGCUCGCUUUGAUGCUCGAGUUUCAGCUGUCAAGCCACUUGAUGUAUAUUGGCUUAAGAAUGGGAGGAAGAUAUCAGGUGACAUUCAUUACAAGAUGGUGGAGGAAAAAGAUGUCUUCACGCUACUGGUUCUGGAGACAGUUCUGCAGGAUGCAGGGACAUAUGAAUGUGUAGCCAUAAAUCAGGCUGGAGAAGCAAGAUGUGAAGCUCAGCUUGUUGUCAUAUCACCAGCAAAAUCCCCUAAAACAGGGAAGAAGCCCACGAGUAAAAAGGAAUUGGCACCACCCACAAUAGUUCAGAAAUUGAAUAAUGUUAUUGUUCAAGAAGGCCAAGCAGCAACAUUUACCUGCAAGAUCUCUGGCCAACCUGCACCGAAAAUCAAGUGGAUGAAAGAUGGCAAGCAAAUUAAGCAGUCCAGAUACUUCCGCAUGGUUUCAGAAGAUGAAACUUACUCCCUACAUGUUUCUGAGGCUUUCCCUGAGGAUGAGGGUUUGUACAAGUGUAUUGCUGAGAAUCCUGCAGGUCAACUCACUUUGGCAGCCAAUCUGCAGGUCAGAGCUCCAGAGGCAGCAGCUGAGAAGCAGGCAACACUAACUCCUCUGAAAAAUGUGACUGUAAAAGAAGGACAAGCUGCACAGUUCAAGACUGAAGUUUCUGGCAGUCCAUUUCCUACUAUCCAAUGGUUUCGAGAGGGUGCUCUCAUCCCACAGUCCAAAGAUUUCCAGAUGCUGCAAGAGGGGAACCAUGCCAUUUUGCUGAUCAAAGUGACAUAUCCAGAAGAUUCAGGCCGAUUCACCUGCCGUGCAACAAACUCUGCCGGCCAGGCCGAGACUUCCGCAAUCCUCACCGUACACAGGAAAGCCCACCUACACCACUUACGGUUGUUGUCAGAGUCUGAGACUGCUGGUGAUUCCAAAGUAAGCUCUCAAGAAUUAUUGCCUCUAUCAAAAGAGACAGGAGAUUUAUCACUACCAUGGAGAUCUCCAAGUAGGGAAAGGCAUAAAAAACAGAUCCACAAGCAACAAGGCAUCCCAGAAAAUAACGACAGUCUCUCUGCAUCUGUCCCACAUCAGAGCAGACAGCUGUCUCGAAGAGGUGAACCACUUAGCUCCACUCCAUCUGAACUGCAGAAGGGAGAUGUGGAGGAGCCAUGUGGUUUUUUUUCUGGAGAAUCUGGAAGUGAAGUUUUUGGUGUUGAAGAAUCUCAGGAAGACACAAAGAAAAGAACUCAAAGUAGUGAAAUUGUCAAAAAAGCCAUGACACCAUGGGGGUUACAGUUCAGGGAAAGAGAUGGGAGCUUGGAUGCUUUCAAAAAAGGAGUUCUUGAAAAAUUUUCUGGAAAAAGUGACAAAGGUGACACUUAUUUAGAUGAAACUUUCAAGAUGACCAAGUUUGCAUCUGGUACAGGAGGAAAAGCAGAAACACAACUUAGGAUCUCAAAACAGAUCAUUGCUCCCAAAAGACCUGAACAAGAUGAACUUACAUCAAAGGCAGUGCAAUGUGAAAGUGAUAGUAUGAAGUUAGAAGGAAAAGUUGGAAUGGAGGUUUCUGCACAAAAACUUCCUUAUAGGCAUGAUGAAGCCAAGUUUGAAAGGCAGAUGACAUCUGGAAAAGAGGGGAAGAUUCCAGACACAAGGGAGACUACAGAACUUUAUUUGGAUGAGGUUCAUACUACUAUACCUGAUGUUCAAAAGAGUACUUCCAUCCCAUUAUUAAUAACCAUGGCAGAAUCUCAAAGAGGUAGGUCUGUUGAACAUAUGCCCAGUGGAUCUGCAGCAGUUCAUGACUUGGUCACUUCAGAGCAUGAUACUAAGAAAGAUGGCAGCAGGAUAACAAGUGAACCACCUAAAAAGGCCAUAUCAAAAAUUACAGUACCUACAAGUUCUCAGGAAACAAGGCUUCCUCAGGCAGAACAACAGAUAAUGAGUAGUGGACCCCUGCAGAAGUCACAGGGACGUUUAGAAGAUUUGGAUGCAGUCCAGUUGAGAAUUGGAGGUCAUGCUCAUAAGCCAAUCACAAAAUCAAAAGAAGAAGUUGAAACCAUUGAAAAGUCAGUCAUACAAGCCACAGAUGCUGCACAAGUGACAAUUGAAGUGCUGGAAAUUAGGAGGAAUAUUGGAAGAGAGUCAUCCAAAAUCACUUUAAGUGGUCCUGUAAAUAAAGUUCAUGAAAAAGAUGUAAGAAGUGAAGUGAAACCAGAAGAAGUUCAAGGAAUGGAACAUACCCCCAGUGCUCCACUAUUUUUGAGGAGAGACAAAGAGCCUCAUGGGCUAGUCUUAGGACCUAAAUCUGAUAAAAAGAAGCCAUGGGAGGUAAAGGAGGAUUUUACAAAGAUUAAGUUAAAAAGGACAACAGUGGAUAAGUUUAAUGGCAUGAAGCCAAAAGGCAUCUCAAUAAAAGCCGAAGAUGAACUGGAGAGCAAGGUAAGAGAAGAGCUGGGUGAACAAGGGAAAAUUUCACCCUGCACGGAUAUACUUGAACUGGAAAAAGUAACGGAUGAACUGCAUGAUGAUAUAGAUACAAAAAGAUACCAACAAGUGAAAGUAUCUCUCAAGCAGAGUGAAGUUCCUUCAAAAGCUCAUGAAGUGAAAGUUGGCAUCUAUCUUGAGGAAGAAGCAGAAGGGAAGGUGGGAAAAAAGUUGAGUAUGACCACUCCCAGGAGAAGGAAUACAGAUGGGGAACCAUUGGGUUCACAUGUGGACCCUGAGGUACAAAUUAAUACUCAGAGGGAAUUGACUCCUGGUCCUGAAUUAACCAGGGCUGAAAUUAAGUUCUUUCACCCAAAGCAGCCAAAGCAACAGGAAAGAGACAAAAGUAUGAGAGGGAAACAGUUCAAAGAUACAGAAACAUGUGAAAAAAUAAUCUCUCCUAAAGUAACAGAAGCCAAAGAGAAGCAGGGAGCAGAAAUUCAAAGGUUUCCCCUGGAAGCAAUGCUAAUUCAGGAACCUACCUGUGGACUAGUGGAGAGAGAAAUUAUCAGCUGCAUAAGCAUGUCCAGUAAGCAUGAAGUGACUGAGGGACAUAUGGAUAUUCCACAAAUGGAAGAAAAAGUGAAACUGGGAGUAAAAGCCCCAGAGGACAAGAAAAAUGAUGAAGAGGUCCUUUCAAAAUUACUGGUAGCAGAAAUUGACACCAAAAAGAAGCUGCCUACUGCUCUUGAGUUGACCAAAGUCCAAAUACAACUACCUCAAAAAGGCAAGAAGUCAGUGGCUGAAGCCGAGGAGAAGGUGCCAAAUGUUGAUGAGGAAGCAGAGAUUAAGACAAUAAAGGAAUUUUCUAGGGAUAAAAUGCCAAAAGAGAAACCCAUGCCAAAGGUAGAUGAGAAAAAUAUGGAAGUAGGGAAAGAACUUGAAGCAUCUCCUGAACUAUCUGAAGUGAAAGUAAAGGCUCCUUUGGGAAAAUUAAAAAAUAGAGUCAGAGAGAAAAUUGAGAAGAAUGUACAGCCUGGUGAACCACAUUCUGAGACUGUUCAGAUAAACAUUGAAAUCGAGAAGGAAAUGGAAGCUGUUCCUGAGUUGGUUGAGGAUAAAACAGAGGUUUAUGAUGCUCAAGGAAAACUGUCUUGUCAAGAUGUAGUCAUGUCAAAAAUGAAGUUUUGGAAGGGCAAGCAGAAAGUUGGGGGGACACCUCCAUCAGAGGACAUAGAGAGAGAGAUCAAAAUUGAGAAAACUGGGCUGACUCCUUUUGAACAUAGUAACACUAAAAUGAAGCUUUCAUGUGUGGAAGAGAAAGGAGAAACUUGUCUUAGGAAACAACUUCCAAAGGACAGAAGUCCCUAUGAGAUGCUUACUGCUAAGAUUCAUCAAGAGAUUGCUGAGGUGCCUCAAGCCCAAGUGGAGGCUCCAGCUUUGGAUGGAAGAGCAGGAAUGAAACUGAUGAGAAAAUUUCCAGAGGUUAUGAAGCAGAUGGAAAUAACUGGCCCAGAGUCUAUUAAGGCAGAUGUUAUGAUUGAUGAACAUAUUUCAACUACUCUGGAAGCCAAUAUAGAGAUUCAACAUGUGGAUAAAGAAUGGAAAAUCAAGCCUGGAAAGGAACAUCUAAAAGGUGACAUGCCAAGGAAGCAAGCUGCUAUUGAGACUCUUGUGGCACAUUUGACAGAGAAAGCUACUCUUGAAAUAUCUGAAGGUGAGGUGAAAGUUCCUGAUAUGACAGAGAAAAAAGAACUCAAGCUGAAAAAGACUCUUCAAAUGGAAGAGAUGCAAGAGGAAGUACCUGCUUCUGAGACUCUAGAGGCACAUACAGAAAUUAAAGAACAAGUGUUGACUGCUUCUGAAGUGAGUGUUGCUAAAGUGAAGGUUCCUCAUGUGGAAGAUAAAGCUAGACAUAAGUUGGGAAAGAAACUCCAAGCAGAAAAGAUUAUGGAAAACCCUAUUGCUGAGGAUCUUGAGACAGAUACUAAUAUCAAAGAAACAUUGUUCACUGCUUUUGAAGUGGCUGGAGCCAAAGUAAAGGCCCAUGAUGUUGAAGGGAAUAUGGAACUCCAGCCAAGAAAGAGUUUUCAAAGGGACAAAAUGCCAUUUGAGAAACCUACUUCUGAGGCUCAUCAGUCAGGAAUUGAUUUGGAAGAACAAUUUCCUACUACUCCUUCAGUCACUGUUACCAAAGAGUGGGUUCCUGAUGCAGAAGAGAAAGUAAAACUGAAGUUGCAAAGGAAGCCCAAAAGAAAGAGCUCAAAAGAAGCAAAGGAGGACCAAAAUUCAGCUCUAAUAGCUCUUGAGGUAGAUACUGAAGUAUUGGAGGAAGUAUCCACUCCCAAAGUUUUUGAAGCUGAACUGAAAAUCCCAUGUGUGGCUGACAAAUCAAAACCCCAGCUCAGAAAGAAACUCAAAAAGGUAAAGAUGCUUGUAGAAAAACCUGCUCCUGAUAUAUGUGAGGCACAUGAAGAAAUCAGAGGAGUACCGAUUGUUACUGGAAUUGAUGCAAUGGAAGGAAAGGUGCUUGCUGUGGAAAUGACAGCAGGACUCAAGAUGACAAAUAAACUUAAAACAAAGGAUAUUCCAAGAGAGGCACUUGCUCAUGCAUCUCAUGAGCCUGACAUCAAAGAACAAGUAUCCACUUGUGAAGUGUGUGAAGCUGAAGUUGAAGUACCUGAAGCUGCCACAACAGCAAAACCCAUGUUGCCACAGGAACCUGAAAAAGCCAAGAAACCAGGGAAAAUAUUUGCAACUGAGUCUGUUCAUGAUGAGAUAGAAAUUCAGGAGCAAACUCUAACUCCUGAAUUGACUGAAACUACUAUAAAGGCUCCUGGUUUGACUGAAGCCAAUCUAAAAUUUCCUUUUGUGAGAAAGAAAGCAGAUACCCAGGUGAAGCACAAAUUUCUCAAGGAGAAGAUACCUGUGGAAAAAUGUGCCCCUGAGGCUUAUGAUGGAGAAGCUGAAAUCAGAGAACAAGUGCCUUCUCCUUCUGAAGUGUAUAAUGCUAGAAUGAAAGUUCCUAAUGUGGCAGGUGUAACAGAAAUGAAGCUGAGAGCUGAACUACCAAUGGACAAGAAGCCCAUGGAGACACUUGCUCCUGAUGCAGAAACCACAAAAGAAGCACUUACUGUUUCUGAAGUAGCAGGACACUCAGUGAAGGCUCCUGGUUUAGUGGUAGAACUCAUGCCAAGAAAGAAAUCUCUAGAGGAUAAGAAGCAAGGAGGGAGAUUUGCCCCAGAGACAGUUCUUGAAGAGAUUGAAAUUCAGAAACAACCUUUUUUAACUGCAUCAGAUUUUAUUGAAGUUGAUGUCAAGGCUCCCCGUAAGGAAAAGCAGGUAGAUGUUGAGUUUGAUAGAAAACUUCCAAAGUGCAAGAUGCCAGAGGAGAAACCUGCUGCCAAGACAGUUGAAAGAGAAUGUGAAAUUGUAAAAGACAAACCAUCUACUUCUAAGGGGAAUAAACUCCAAGUGAAUGUCCAUGAUAUGAAGAAGAAGAAAGAGUUGAAGUUUGAAGGGAAACUGGACAAGCAAACUAAGCUAGGGGAAGAAGCUGAUCAAAAGCCUGUUGAGGUAGAUAGUGAUGAAAAAGAAAAGGUGCCAUAUGUUUCUGAAGUGGUUAAAGCAAAAACAAAGAUCUGUGAUCUGAAAGAGACAGCAAGUAUCAAGCUAAGAGAGGUACUUCAUGAGGAUGAGCAGCAAGGGGGGAAAAUAGGUAUUGAAGCCAUUCAGGAAUGCACUGAUGUUGAGGAACAGAUACAGAAUGUUUCUGAAAUGACUGAAGCCAAAAAUAAAAUUGAUUAUGGAGAAAGCCAAACAAGCAUCAGUGGGAUAAAGAACGUUUCUGAGGACAAGCAGCAAUUGCAGAAACUAUCUCCUGAGGUGUUUGAUGCAGUGAUUCAAAUUGAGGGAAAAUUACAAACUGCUCCUGAGCUUGCCAAAGCUGACUUGAAGCUUGUUGGUGUAGAAGAGGAAUCAGACUCCUUGGCCACAAAUGAGGAGAAACAUGGAGCAUUAAAGCAACUCAAGCAGUUGGCAAUGGCUCCAGUUUUUGCUAUACCCCUCAAACCAGUUCAUGGAUAUCUCCAUGGGAAGGCUAUAUUGAAGUGCAAAAUUUUGGGGCAACCCACACCCAAUGUCAAUUGGUUCCUGAAUGGGAAGGAAAUCAUCCCUUCCAGCAAAGUUCGAGCUGAAUUUUCUGAAACUAUAGCAAUUUUAGAAAUAAUAGAUCUGGUACAGGAUAUUUGUGGAAUUGUCACCUGCCAGGCUCAGAACUCAUUUGGCAAAGCCGUAUCCUCUGUCAGCUUACAGCUACUGUGUGAUGAUGUUGCACCAAAAUUUAUACAUAGUCUCCAGCAGAUGUCUGUGGGUUCAGGAGAAUCUUUCAUUUGGUCAGUUGAGGUUCAGGCAACUCCUCCAAUUGAAUUCUUUUGGCUUCACAAUGGACAUCCUGUGGAAGGAGAUGCAAGGAGGAAAGUUGUAACUUCUGGCAGCCAGUCUCAUUUGGAAUUCCAAAUGGUGCAUCCUGAAGAUGCUGGAACUUAUGUUUGUCGUGCCAAGAAUAUCAGGGGCAUGGCUUCUUCUCUUGCAUCUCUGAAUGUCUCUGUACCAGAUGGAAUGGAGGAAAAUCAUGCUCCUUAUUUUGAGUAUGGUCUCUCCAGUCAGCGGGUGAUGGAUGGUGAUGAGCUGAGUUUCAGAUGCAAGGUACAUGGAAUACCCAAGCCAAGUAUCCAAUGGUAUCAUAAUGGUGACCCUUUCAAGGAACAUCGAGAUGUGAACAUCAGUCACCUACCACAAGGAGAAUGUGAAUUAUAUGUAGGGGAAGUGUUUCCAGAGGAUGCUGGAGAAUACAUAUGCCUAGCAAAGAAUGACCUUGGGGAAGCUGUCACUCGUGCACUCCUUACCAUUGAAGCAUAUGAAUAUGUGCCUGACUCUGAAAUUGCAAGUGUCACAGUUUCAACAUCAGAGAAAGGACUGUCUGUUCCUGAGACUGGACCAAGUGGAUCUGAGGAAGACAUCAUUGAUGCAUCUCUCAAGGAUGUGGAUGAUUUUGAUGCUAGUGAUGGCGAUGAGGAUCAGGAUGCACCACCAAAAUUUGUAGUGUUGCUACCUGAAAAAGUAGAAGUGAAAGAAGGAGAGUCCUUGAGAUUGAAUUGUAGAGCUUCUGGAAACCCUUUGCCCACUUACACAUGGUACCACCAUGGUGAAGAAAUCCUCCCUUCCACGGAGUUUAUGAUUGAACAGAUAGAUACUGGGGAAACAUAUCUCACCCUUUUGGAGACUUUCCCAGAUGACUUUGGAGAGAUUCGCUGUGAUGCUGAGAACAUUCACGGAAUCACCUCAACUGUUACCUCAGUAGUGAUUUCGGAACCAGCUGAGGCCAAGACCUACAAGAAGCCAGACUGGGCUGUGAAACUAGAGGAACUUCAAAAGCUGGAUCAAGGUAACUCAAAAAAUUCAGAAGAUACAUUUGCACGCAGUGUGCCUGAAGUUAGAGAUGUGAGCAUGCUUCCUGAGUUUGUGUCUGCACCAGAUGCACCCAGUGAGCCUUUAGAUAGAGCCAGUGCCAGCAGUUCCUCAGAGAUGGGAAAAAAUCCAUCAUAUGACUUCUAUGGUUCAAUUGGAGAUGACUCAGUGUUCCUAUCCUCAGAGGCAGAAGCCCCUCCUGACUUGCAUUCCUUUGCUCAAGGAAGUGACCAAAAAAUAAUGUUGCAAGACCCUCAUGGCUUAUUCUGGAAUUCCAUGAACUCAUAUGCUGAAAAUGUAUUAAGUGACUACUUGAGUGAACACAGAGACUCAAUUCAUGAUGCUAUUGCUGCCAUAGAAAGACACUUGGCAGAAAUAGAUGGUGAAAUUGAUGAGACUAAAGAGGUUGAAGAUCCUGAAGGGCAUUUUGAAGUUCUUGAGUCAUCACAAAAUCCAGUGUGUAAGUUAGAUCCUCCUGGUGCUUCUAAUGCACAGAGUGUUGAAGAGGAUGAUGUCAAGAUAUUUGAAGAGGGUCUAGGAUGCAGCCAGAAUGAAAGAGCAGAAGAAGAGGAUAGAAGUCAUGGAUGUCAGAGCUAUGAACAUCAUCAUCAAUCACCCAUAAGUUUUGUUGUAAACAUUGAGGCUGUCGAUGAUGAUGCAGAUCCAGCAAAGGUCAGUGGUGAAUCAUGCGAGGAAGAACUAGAAACCAACCCCUUCCUGAACCAAAAUACUCAUCGCAUAGUAUUUCAUCCUAUUUUGAGCCCCAUUGUUGAACAGAAAGGUGAAACUUCUACCUCUGAUGGUAGUCACAGUUCCAGUGAAUCCAGGAAGACAUCUCCAGACAUCGCCACCACUGGCAUGCUUAACCCUCCAAGUCGAAAUCAAUCACCUGGGAAUGAUAAGAGAGAAUUCAAGGAAACUGGUAGUGCUGACAGUUUGGCAGAAUUCUUGCUCUUAGAGGAAAAGUGCACCCUUACUGAGUUAUUCCCUAGUAGUGAUGGGAGUGAUAGUGAUGUCACACUAACACCUGAAGAACAAUAAAAGACAUUUGCAUUGCAC